AUGAUAAACCAACUGAUCUCUUUCUCUAUUUAUCCAAUUCUCUCUCUCUAAAUUACAGGCGCGGUUCAUUAGGAAUGGAUUAGAAGGGUCGUCUGAAAAUCUGAUUUUUCGUUUUCUCUUAGAAUUCUUUUGCUUGCAAAUCGGCAAUUCUGGUUCAUCGUUGCCAACCAUCAAUUAGGUUUUUCAGGUUCGUUGGUUGGUUUAUUUUAUAUUAUUUAUAAAAUAAUAGAAGGUUUGGACUUUGAAGUCAUUGGACGAUUGAAGUUUUGUCCGGUAGCAGAGGGACCUUGUCCCUUAUCUCAAUCUCUCUCCUUGCUGAAUCGGAUCGACGUAUGAUUUGCUUUCCGUUAUCUCGUCCGUCGUUUCCCUAAUUUCUAAAAUUUCUUAAAUUCGAUUCUGGUUCGGGUUGGAAUCAUCUUUUCUCUCCAUUUGUCUGCGUGUUUUUCUUCUUUUCUUUCUAUAUCUCUCGUGGGUUUCAACUUUCAAGUUAAUCUGAUUUUUGUUUUCUGGGUUUAUUGAGUUUACCCUUUACCGAUUUUGAGUCGAAAUUGGUCGUCUUGUUCUUGAUCUUCGUAAGAAAUUGUGCAAAUAGUAGAUUUCGGCGGUCAAUCAACUUAAUUUCAAUACAUUUUAUUAGAAACCCAAUUGGCAAUUUUGGGUAUAUGAAUCAAUCCUUCUGAAUUCUUUUUUCUCCUGAAUUAUUCAUCGUUUUCUGUUAAUCCAGGCGCACGUUGAGACCGGAGCCUAUUUUUUCUGGUUAUACGGCAAAAGAUAGUUCAUAGUUUUGGGGGUGAAACCCGUAUUACCUAUGAUUGUUUCUCUCUCUAAUUGUUAAGAAUCUGGGAAUAUUCACCUUCUCCAUUUCUGGUGGUUGAUUCUGCAAAUUAGAGUUUGAGAACUCAUACUGGGUGGUCUUUGAGAAUCAUUUCUUUUUCUUCUUAUUAAAUGAUUGAGAGAAUUGCCACCUUUGAUCGUGCUCUGAAAUCUCAGCAUUUUCAGGAAUUUUGAAUUCCCUGAUCAAUCGUAGUUUUUGGAUAGAGCUUCUUACGAUCCUUUUCUUCUCUUUUCCUUUUUGAGAUUGGCACAAUUGGGUUUGCUUGGUGCCCACAACAUUUUUUAUUUUUCUCCAUAAGAUAUGGAUAUCAGUAAUGAAGCCAGAGUUGUUCCAUUCUCAAUCGGACCUUCAACGAUUAUCGGGCGGACCAUUGCUUUCAGAAUCUUGUUCUGCAAUUCGGUAUCGCAAUUAAGGCAGCAAACCUUCUAUUUUCUAUGGAUUUUGAUCUGUCGACUCAGGGACUUUGUGGCACCCGCAAUUUCCUGGUUUCAUCCCGGCAAUCCACAAGGUAUAUUGGUCUUGGUGACACUCAUAGCUUUUAUGUUGAAGAGAUACACAAAUGUUAAACAGAAGGCAGAGAUGGCUUACAGGAGGAAAUUUUGGCGGAAUAUGAUGAGAGCUGCCUUGACAUAUGACGAGUGGGCGCAUGCAGCUAAGAUGCUUGAUAAGGAGACUCCCAAGAGGAAUGAAUCAGAUCUUUAUGAUGAAGAACUGGUAAGGAAUAAACUCCAAGAGCUUCGACACCGUCGUCAGGAGGGUUCUCUCAGAGAUAUAAUCUUUUGUAUGCGUGCUGAUUUGAUCAGGAACCUGGGUAAUAUGUGCAACCCAGAACUCCACAAGGGCAGGCUUCAGGUGCCCAAGCUGAUACAGGAGUACAUUGAUGAGGUCUCUACUCAGUUGAGAAUGGUUUGUGACUCGGACUCUGAGGAGCUCCUCUUGGAAGAGAAGCUUACUUUCAUGCACGAGACAAGACAUGCCUUUGGGAGGACAGCAUUGCUCCUGAGUGGUGGUGCGUCACUGGGGGCUUUUCAUGUGGGCGUAGUGAAGACACUGGUGGAGCAUAAGCUUUUGCCGCGGAUAAUUGCAGGCUCUAGUGUGGGAUCCAUCAUGUGUUCCGUUGUUGCCACAAGGUCUUGGCCUGAGCUUCAAAGCUUCUUUGAGGAUUCAUGGCACUCAUUGAAGUUUUUUGACCAGAUGGGUGGAAUUUUUGCUGUUGUUAAAAGGGUUAUGACACAAGGGGCCGUUCAUGAGAUAAGACAGUUGCAGAUAUUACUAAGGCGUCUCACAAAUAACUUGACAUUCCAAGAGGCAUAUGACAUGACAGGUCGUAUUCUUGGGAUCACAGUUUGCUCCCCAAGGAAGCAUGAGCCUCCCAGGUGCCUUAACUAUUUAACAUCACCUCAUGUAGUUAUAUGGAGUGCUGUAACCGCUUCUUGCGCUUUUCCUGGUUUGUUUGAGGCUCAGGAACUGAUGGCAAAAGAUAGAAGUGGUGAACUUGUUCCUUACCACCCACCAUUUCAUAUGGAUCCAGAAGAAGGUCAUCGUACAUCAACACGCAGGUGGAGGGAUGGUAGCUUGGAGAGUGAUUUACCCAUGAUGCAGCUGAAGGAGCUGUUUAAUGUUAAUCAUUUCAUUGUCAGUCAGGCAAAUCCUCAUAUAGUACCACUAUUGAGAAUAAAGGAGCUUGUCAGGGCUUAUGGAGGUGACUUUGCUGCCAAGCUUGCACAUCUUGUGGAAAUGGAGGUCAAGCAUAGAUGCAACCAGGUCCUGGAAGUUGGUUUUCCACUGGGAGGACUUGCCAAGCUGUUUGCCCAAGAAUGGGAGGGUGAUGUUACAGUUGUUAUGCCUGCCACACUUGCACAGUACUCAAAAAUUAUACAGAACCCAUCUCAUGUGGAGCUCCAAAAGGCUGCUAAUCAGGGCAGGAGGUGCACUUGGGAAAAACUCUCUGCCAUAAAAGCGAACUGUGGUAUUGAACUUGCACUGGAUGAGUGUGUUGCAAUUCUCAACCACAUGCGUAGGCUCAAGAGGAGUGCAGAGAGAGCUGCUGCUUCGCAUGGUUUGGCUAACACAGUUAGGUUCAAUGCUUCCAGAAGGAUUCCCUCAUGGAAUUGCCUUGCACGAGAGAACUCAACAGGGUCCCUUGAUGAAGAAUUCUUCUCAGAUGUUGCAUCCUCGUUGCAUCAAGGUGCUCUUGUAAACACAGGAGGGACAUCAGGCCGGAACUUCAGAGCCCACCGUAGUGUACAUGAUGGAAGUGAUAGUGAUUCAGAGACUGUGGACUUCAAUUCUUGGACAAGAUCUGGUGGGCCCCUGAUGAGGACAACUUCGGCAAAUUUGUUCAUCGAAUUUGUUCAAAGUUUGGACACUGAUGCAGAACUGAGCAAGCCCUCAGUCAAGGAAGACGAGAUGAAAGGUUUGACGGUUCACUCCAAUUCUAUUGUAAUUCAGAUGGUGGGCAAGGAGCCAUAUUAUAAUAGCUCCAGGGUAACAACACCAGACAGGAACUCAGAUGCAGAGUUUGAUCAGCGAGAGGUAAUUACUAGAACUUCUUCUAAUAGCAUCAUGGUGACUGAAGGAGAUCUCUUGCAACCUGAAAGAAUUCAUAAUGGAAUUGUAUUCAAUGUCGUGAAGAAGGAAGACUUGACUCUGCCACACAGGGUUCAUGAUUCUGAAAGUUCUCAUGCUUUUUCUCAGAGUCCAGUAGCAGAGUGUGUGCAACUUGAGAGUCUGGGAAAGGAGAUGGAUGCCAGCUCAACAUCUGAAUAUGGUGGUGAUGAUGGAACCAUCUUGAAUAAUGCCAGUGAAACUACUACUUACUUUAAUUCUGAGGAUCAUCCUGUCUCAGAUCAAGGCAAUUCCCAGGUUGUGGACACUUGAGAUUUGAGUCUCUUCUGCAAGUUGCAUACAGCCAAUGGGGCUUCAUUCCACGAUUGCUAGUAAAUUGAUAUUUUCUAUUUGGGGCAGAUAAGAGAUAUCACUCUUAAACAAAAAUUUCAAAUUUACUGCAACUCUGAACUUCAAAUUUGAGCUACAUUGCCUAUGAUCUGGCAUUCGAACAGAACGGCCACUAUUUCUUUUCAGCGUUGUAAAGAUAGUUUUUUUUUCUUUUUUUUUUCAGUAUUGGCAUUGUAAAGAUAGUUUGAUUCUGAAUUGUUAAUGUAGAUGAUUGCUAACAAUGUAUAGAUAAAUCUUGCAGCA